GCAAAGUAUCGGGUGACUCGGCCAACGGAGGAGAUGAGAAGGGAAUUGGGGUGGCCUCGGUUUCAGGAGGUGGGACGCGAGGCACAGUCGAAUAUCUAGAUGAAGCGGGUUGGGGGGACAGAGGCUGUGAAGGAGGGGUUGGUGGUGUGGCAAGAGAUGUGGAGAGUGGUGUAGGAGCUGCAAAGGAGAGAGAUGAUCCAGCAGUAGUAGUGAGUAGAUGUGAUGUGCAUGAAGGCAAAGCAGGAGGAAGUGUAGGCUGCCCAGAAGAUGAUGAACCAUGCAAGACUGGGAUGUGA